AGCCGACUAAAUUGAACCAUGAACUCGUUUGACCAAGUGUGUGUUCGACCACCUGAGCGACGACCACCUCGACCCUAUAAGGCCGAGAGAACUAGCCUUAACUCCUAAAAUUAUUUUUUUGGUAUUGUAGAAAAAUGAGGGUUGCUCAUAGACCAGAGAUACAGGUGCAAUGGCAGAGAGUGGCCGUGCAGUUCACUUUAAGCAGUUCGUCAGAAAUAUUUAAACAAAAAAGUUGUUUCUGCAAGAAAUAAAAUAGGCGAUGACAGACCCCGAUACUUUUUUAUCUAAGAGCAAUGCUCUGAUACAAUCGAAUAAAGAAGACACCACUUCCUUUCAAGAAGCAGAUGACUCCGACGAAGAGCGCGAGCUAACAAAUCUUAAUUGGCUUUUGCGAAAUCAAAAUUUAACUUGGCCGAAAACAAUUGAUUCAAGUACAAGGGAAACUUUAAAUACGAGAGAAGAAGCCGAGACACCUGUACCUAACAAUACAAAUAUUCAUCGGAACCAAAUAAAACUGGCUCGAGGCGAAAACACAGUUAAAAAAUCGCAGGUAAUCCUAGAUUCGAGAGCACAGAAAACAACACCAAAACGACCAACUCCAUCAGAACGCUUUGAAAUAUUUGUCAACAAAGUAAAAAGGGAUUUAACAGAAUACGAAAAGUUUGCAAGUAAGUAUGAAACCGACGUGACUGAGAAACCACCUUUUAACUACUCACAUAUAAUUGGGAUGGCUAUGCUAAAAAAUGGUCGUAUAACCUUACAACAAUUAUGUGCUUGGAUAGAGGCUAAGUUUGCAUUCUUUAGAGUCCGAAAGAAAUGGAAUAACUCUAUAAGGCACAACUUAUCACUACAUCACUGCUUUCGUAACAGAAAAAGAGAAGAAAAAGGAAAAGGCGGAUACUGGGAGUUGGGUGUUGACCCGAAAAAGUGUGACCGAAAACGCAUUCGUAAUAGAAAACUAUGUCAUUCAAAACUUAAUCAGACUGCAAAAUACCAUAAUGAUCAGUUAACUCAUAAGCAGCAAGCAAAAUCUUCUCAGCCAUGCUUUUCAAGGUUUGCAAAAAAGGUUAAUAAAAAUAGCUUGUCAGAAAUAUCAGAAACAAAUACUUUAAAAAAGAUAUCGUCAACGCUCACGGAUGAUAACUUUACGGAAUUCUUAGAUAAAGGUACUACCGAUGAGCUAAAUGAAAUUCAAUAUGAAAAAUGUCCAAUACAAACAAUGAUUAAAGAGGAUAUUUUUAAAAAAAAGCUUGACACAAUUAUAGUAAGCACUGGAGAACUCAUAGCAGAGCCUCAAAGCCUAAACUGCUUCAUAUCCCACAGGAUAGAUAGUACCAACACGCCGGUAUCUGGAGAAGACGAUUUUUGCACAUUCAAUAGCAUAAAUAGUUAUUCGGAUACGACUCCUGUGUUUGCAUCGAAUACAGCUAUCAUAGAAGACCGAAAUAUAUCAAAUGAUGUAUCCAGUCCUAGCCACCCGUGCAACAUAAGAAUUAGUUAUGAUUAUACUAACUUCCGGCCCCUAGUGGACAGCAUUGAUGAACAGUUUCAUUACCUCCAUAAUAGCUCUGAAUAUAGCCGAAACGAUGAUAUAUUAGAUAACCUUCUUGAUGUUUGUGUUAGGCAUUAUUAAUAUCCAAGUGCAAUCCAAGUUCCAAA